CCAUCCCCUCUCUCUCUUUCUCAUCCAAAAUAUACAACCAAAUAUGGCUGCUGGAGCUACAAGUAAUGCUGCAUUCCUGCCUUCUCUUCGUAUUCUAAUGAUACUGGCCAUUGUGGCUGCUACGCAAUGCCUCACCCUUGUCAACGGCGACGCAGGAGGGGGGUGGCAAAGCGCUCAUGCCACCUUCUACGGCGGUGGUGAUGCUUCCGGCACCAUGGGGGGUGCGUGUGGAUACGGGAAUUUGUACAGUCAAGGGUAUGGGACCAACACUGCAGCGCUGAGCACCGCUUUGUUCAACAACGGCCUCACCUGCGGUGCCUGUUACGAAAUCCAAUGCGGCGACGACGCCAAAUGGUGCCUCCCCGGCUCCAUCACCGUCACUGCCACCAACUUCUGCCCCCCCAACUACGCCCUCGCCAACGACAACGGCGGCUGGUGCAACCCCCCUCUCCAGCAUUUCGACUUGGCUGAGCCCGCCUUCCUCCAGAUCGCCCAGUACCGCGCCGGAAUCGUCCCCGUUUCCUUCCGAAGGGUCCCCUGCGUGAAGAAAGGAGGGAUUAGGUUCACCAUAAACGGCCACUCAUACUUCAACCUGGUGCUGGUGUCGAACGUGGGAGGCACCGGAGACGUGCAGGCGGUGUCGAUAAAGGGGUCGUCCGGCAAAUGGCAACCCAUGUCCAGGAACUGGGGCCAGAACUGGCAGAGCAAUUCCUUUCUUGACGGCCAGAGCCUGUCUUUUCAGGUCACCACCAGCGACGGCAGGACUGUCACCAGCAACGACGUCGUUCCCUCCGGUUGGGAGUUCGGCAAGACCUUUGAAGGAGCUCAGUUCUAGGGUUGUAGCUAUCUAGCUCCAUCCCUACCUACCUCCAUGCCUUGCCUGCAUGCAUACAAUUUACAUACAUUACAUUACAUACAUCCAUCUAUCCCUCUCUUAAUUAAUUAGAUCGAGAGCAGAGGAGUUGAGGCUGAGCCCAUGUGGCCGUCUAUUGCUGAGGUGGCUGAAUGAUUGGCACCCGCUAGUUAGGCCUUUUCUUUUUCUUUCUUUUUUGACAUUUAUGUAUUCUCAUUUUUAGGAAUAUAUCAAUUGUGCGUGUGGUUGGAAGAGCUUUAAAUAAUUAAAUUGGAUUGAGCUUCUCAAAA